AUGGAAACAACCAUUGAAAUAGCAGUUUCAAAAAAAAAGAGCGCACCAAUUUUGACGAAUCUUUUUGAGGAAUAUGGUGUCUUGGACCCUAGACAAUGGCCAUCCGGUGUAGCGUAUGAUAGUAUACACUACUUAGGCGAUCUAUCGACACUUCAGUUCUUUUCAAAUAAAAUAGAUGAACAAGGCACAUUUCAGGGCCACAAGAUUAAGAAAAUCGGAGGUAAUGUUGUUCUGGUCGCAGAUCCCGGUGAACCGGGACCUAGCAAAAUACCAGUAUUUCAUUUACCAGAAGACAUGCAUUCAGGUGAAGAUAUCCAUAAAUACAUAUAUACAGUAACUGGGGUGGAUAGGUAUACUGCAGUUCGACUAUUAAAAAUAUAUUUCUCUCAUAUACAUCCUAUCUUGCCAGUUAUCAACAAGACCGAAUUUUUGAAACAAUAUCGUGACAGAGUUGAUACAUAUCCGCCUGGGGAAUUGUUAAAUGCAAUGUUUGGCGCUGCUGCACGGUUUGUCGAAUGUGAAAGUUUGGAGCCACAUCGAAAAAAGAAAUUACCUGCAGAUGCAAUUUGGGAUGUUCCUGUUGGUUGGUCCAACCACUUCUUUGAUCAAGCAGAAUAUAUAAUUUCGAAAUGGUCAAAUCUGCAGACUGUAACCAAUGUUCAAGCCAUUAUUAUUAUUUUAAAUCAUCGCGGUGAUAGAGACUCAAAAUCAUCUGCUUGCUGGCAAUUGGGAGGAUACGCUCAUUUACUUGGCCUUCAUCGAUCGUGUGAAGACUGGGAUCUUCCAAAAAAAGAGAAGGAAACUCGUAACCGGGUUUGGUGGGCAUUGUACAUAACAGAUCGAUUUCAAACAGCCAUUCUUGGACGACCUAUCAAUCUUCGCGAUGAGGACAUUAAUGUUCCUUAUCCUGACCCUGGCGCAGAUAUCGAAGAAGUCUUGGACGCAUUCGAUGCUGAUAAAGAUCGUAUUCUAAAUAGCGAAGUUUUUCCUCGCUUUCCUUGUCUAACGGCACCUUACAAUUACAAGACAAAUUCCAACCGAGAAUGGCCUCAAAUUUAUGAAUUGUUUGUGCAGUUUAUCAAACUGUCCGAAAUUUUGGGUAGGAUACUACAAGGACUGCAUACACCAAAGGCCAAAAAAUUCAGUUCUCAGCAUGGAAGUGAUGGUUUGGUGACACGACUAGAUUAUGAAUUAACACAAUGGAGAAACGAAUUCCCAAAAGCUUUAAAAAAAAUACAACUGCCCGAUUUUAACGAAGAUGUAGGCCAUUUUGCACCUGUUAUUGCAUCUAUGUUGAUGUUUUACUGUAGUAGCUUAAUUUUACUCCAUCAACCCUUUAUUCAAAAAACGAGUCAGUCGAAGUCAUCACAUACAUCACUACAAAUUUGUACAAGUGCUGCAAUACGAGGUAUGCGUAUCGCUUGUAGAUUGACCGCACGAGAUUUCCUCAUGUGUCCCUAUUCAUUUACUUUGUAUCCGCUUCGACAAUUCGGUCUUAUUCACAUGUUUAACAGCAAAAACCCCGAUCCCAAAGUAUCUACCAGUGCGAAACUUUACUUGAAAAAAGGGACAGAAUUACUAAGUAGAAUAAAAAAUAUGUCAUCUACAGCAGCUAGUUUAUAUGAACUAUUCAAAGACAUGUCCGAUACACCUGAUACUGACAUAAUUACCGAAGAAAUACAAUCGGUCGAAAGUGUAAGCCAAGAUGGAAGUGAUGACAAUAGAGGAACUAUGGCCUCGAUUAUGGAUGCUAUUAUGCUUCCUACCAAUAAUGAACCGACAAAAUCUAACGUACAACCGGAAGCAUUUUCGUUAAGUCAGUUUGGCUAUGAUACGACAACAGAUACAGGAUCUCUGGAUUAUAUUUUACAAAAUCUGAACGGAUUAUCCGGGUUCUCUUCGGAGACUGCUGCCUAUGCAGAUUUUGCCACACAAGGUCACGACUUAUUCAGAAGUGAUCCGAAUAACGUGUUUUGGGAACUGCCGUCAAGCAUGGAGGGUUUAAAUCAAUGGAUCGACACAAUGAAUGAAACAGGCUGGAAGGUUUUUAACCAGUAA